UGGCGGGCGGCAACGGGGGUUAAGGAAAGGGAAAAGCAACCGAAGAAGAAAGGCGCCGCUUUUCUGCCGACGAACGAUGGAAUCGCCGAACCCAAACAGAGCGUUAACGAACACUCGCUUCUCUGACCUAAAUCCGGCGCUCUCCGAUCCGGUCCUCGAUGCCCUGAAAGAAGGUGGGUUCGAUUAUUGCACGCCGGUUCAAGCUGCUACCAUCCCCUUGCUAUGCGGCUACAAGGACGUCGCCGUCGACGCCGCCACCGGCUCCGGCAAAACCUUGGCUUUCGUUGUCCCGCUCGUUGAGAUUCUCCGCCGGGUCUCUCCUGCCCCCAAACCUCAACAGGUACUGGGAAUUAUAAUCUCACCCACGAGGGAGUUGUCAUCACAAAUAUAUCAUGUUGCACAGCCUUUCAUUGCCACUUUAUCAAACUUGAAGUCCCUUCUCCUUGUUGGGGGAGGGGAUGUGAAGGCUGAUGUGAAGAAAAUAGAAGAAGAUGGAGCUAAUUUAUUGAUUGGGACGCCCGGUAGGUUGCAUGAUAUAAUGGAGCGGGUUGAUGACUUGGAUUUUCGGAACCUUGAGGUAUUGAUUUUAGAUGAGGCUGAUAGGCUAUUGGAUAUGGGGUUUCAGAAGCAGCUAAAUGCUAUUAUAUCCCGGUUGCCAAAGCUUCGAAGAACUGGUCUUUUCUCCGCUACGCAAACUGAGGCAGUUCAAGAGCUGGCCAAAGCUGGACUUAGGAAUCCUGUAAGAGUUGAAGUUCGAGCGGAAACGAAGUCAUUGGGUGAUUCAGGGUCAUCUCAACAUUCAGCUUCUUCCAAGACGCCAUCUGGGCUUCACCUUGAGUAUUUCGAGUGUGAAGCAGAUAAAAAACCAUCAGAACUUGUUGAUCUUCUUGUUAAGAACAAGUCUAGAAAGACUAUAAUAUACUUUAUGACAUGCGCUUGUGUUGAUUACUGGGGAGUUGUUCUUCCUCAACUCUCUGUUUUAAAGGGCCUCUCUUUAAUUGCUCUUCAUGGGAAGAUGAAGCAGAAUGCUAGAGAAAAAGCAUUGGCGAAAUUUACAUCCCUUACAAGUGGCGUUCUUCUGUGUACUGAUGUUGCGGCACGAGGGCUCGACAUCCCAGGUGUUGAUUAUAUAGUGCAGUAUGAUCCCCCACAAGAUCCAAAUGUAUUCAUCCACAGAGUUGGUCGAACUGCCCGUCUGGGUAGACAAGGACAUGGCAUCGUUUUUCUAUUACCUAAGGAGGAAGCCUACGUCGAAUUUCUGAAGAUUAGAAGGGUUCCUCUUGAAGAGAGGAAAAGUAUCGAUGAUGUCCCGGAUGUCGUGUCUCAGAUUCGAUCUGUUGCCAGAAAGGACCGUGACGUUAUGGAGAAAGGACUGAGAGCAUUUGUCUCAUUUGUCCGUGCAUAUAAAGAACAUCACUGUUCUUUUAUUUUCAGGUGGAAAGAACUCGAAGUUGGGAAAUUGGGCAUGGGAUUUGGGCUAUUACAACUUCCUUCAAUGCCUGAAGUAAAGCAUCACUCCCUCUCCACUGAAGGUUUCGUUCCAGUUGAAGACCUCAAAUUGGGGGAAAUAAAAUUCAAGGAUAAAUCUCGAGAAAAACAAAGGAAGAAGAAUUUGCAAGCAAAGAAAGAAGCAAAGCAAAAUGAAGACAAACCUCAGAAACCCAAAAGGAACCCUGAUGCUGCAGCCCCAGCCAUGAGGAAGAAAACAGCUAAGCAAAGGCGUGCGGUCCAGACAGCGGAAGAUGAAGAGGAGCUAGCUCGUGAAUACCGUUUACUUAAAAAGCUGAAGAAAGGGGCUAUCAACGAAGAUGAAUUUGCAAAGCUAACAGGAACAGAAGAAUUAACUUGAAGUGUAUGUCCUGGCUGGUUCUGUUAACAUCGGCACUUGCCUCCUUGGUGUUCGGAAAGGCUCUUUAAAAUUGCAAGAAAAAACUUGGGCAGUAGCAGGACGGGUCUAAAGGUUUGAGAAGGGAGUACAACUCCCAAAUGAGCAAGUCGGCUGACAGAAGCUAUACACUAACACUGCGAGAGAAGUAUAAUUUUGUAUAGUCCUCAAUCAUCGAGGAUUUGCAGUCUAGUAGAAACUCUUGAGAGACUGUAAGAAGUAGGACUGGUAAACGGUUUUGCGUUAACCGGUUACCGUACCGGUAACCGAAAUUGACGGUAUUCGGCUGGGGAAUAUUGGCUGGCGGUAUGCCAGGAUUGAAGUUGUAGGUUACCGUCGCCGGAUCGGUAUUCCGACACCGACUGGGAAAUCAAAUAAAGCAUAAAUUCAAGC